CGAUAGCAGCCAAGAUGGAUACACAGCGUUUGUUUUUGCGCAAGGGGGUGGAAAUCGGAAAUCUGCUGUACUUUCGUGCACUUUAAACAAACCAAAUAGGCAUUAUAGCCGAUGGAAGUGGAACCAGCAUCCUUCCAGCUCCUCUAGGCACCCGUUCCAGGGCGCGGCGGCUAGUCCGUGCUAGCCAAUUGGCGCAGCGACAUCGGCAGAGCGCAACCAGCUGCUGUUUGGAGUAGCAAAAAUAAACCAGAGCACAGCUCCCGCUCCCGCUCCCGAGCACACAGACGAUCCCGAUCCGCAUCGAGGUUACUUCUGUGGUCUAUUAAUAUUAGUGGCCGGAUAACCAAUGCGCGAUCCCUUCCCCGACAGAAAGGGAGCACCGACAGCCCAUUGUUCUGACACCGAUUCUAGAUUGCCCGGCCAGAUCCGACUCAGCGAUCUAAAAAUGGAGUGGACGCGGGAGAAGACGCUGCAGCUGAUCAGUGAGUACCGCAGCCGACGCGGGCUGUGGGACAUGACUUGCGACGAGUACCGGAAGAAGGACGUCAAGCAGCGGCUCUUGAACGAAGUCAGCCAAGUGCUGGGCGGGAACAUACCGAUCAACGAGCUGGAGAAGAAGUUCCACACGCUGCGCACGCAGUACCACCGCGAGAUCAGUCGCAUGAAACGCAAGGAGCCCUACAACUCCAAGUGGUUUGGAUUCAAGAACCUGGUGUUCCUCAGCUCGCCUUACGCCUGCCGCUCCACAAAGGGUCGCCUGAAGGCGGAUCUGCAGGGCGACGAGCGCAAGUUUGUCCUGGGCGAGGUCACCGCCGAUCAUAACAGCGACAGCAGCACGCCGGCCAAUCACAACAGCAACACGAACGCCAACAUGAACGAGGAGUACCUCCGCAAGAACCACGCCAGCAGUCGGGCCCAGGAGCUGGAGAAACUCAUCGAGGAGACAACCAAAGACGUGGACGACAUUGAUGAGUCGGAGCUGGAGGAGGGGGAGGUCAAGCCAAAGCAGGCGAAGGAGAUGAGUGUCCGCUUUGUGAGCCUCAACGAACAGGAAGAGACGGAGCCGCUGGAGAACCACCAUCAGACUCUGAUGGACCUGCACCACCAGGGCAACGCCGUGGAAGCCGUCAGCUUCCAGGCCAACGAGAGCGGCGAACUGCACUACCAGACCACACCAUCCCAAAGCACGGGCAGCAGCUCGGUGCACGUAAUGCCCACACGAAUCAUUAAGAUCCAGCGGCGGGACACGUCGAGUGGGCACGAGGAUAGCUACUUUGAGGAGCACACGCAACUGCAUCCGCCGCCGGUCAAACGCAUGUACUACGAAGCCAGUCCAGCAUCGCACAACACCACCUCCAUUCUGUCCCCCGCACUGGAAAGCAGUGCCAACGGCACAUCCAGCAGUGUGCUGACCACCUCGCCCGGAAUAACCAUGAGUAACCUGCGCUUGCCCAAGGUGAACACGCCGCCCAAACCAGCCCAGGCCCAAGCCAUCCCCAGUCCACCUCCGCCCACCAUUGUCAGCCUGCCGCCAGCGCGCGACGAGUUCGCAACGUAUGGAGAGUACGUGGCCAACGAGAUGCGCGCCAUCAGCAAUCGGGAGGUGCUUGUCGCCCUCAAGCACCGCAUCAACACGGCCAUCUUCGAGGCCAACAUGGCCGAAAUAGCCCCGAAAUAGAUUGAUCACUUAGCUAGAGCUAUUAACUACAACUUUAGGUUUAAGGCCUUUGUCUCUGUGCUUUUUAUAGGCCUCGUCCCCCUGACUUGUAUUCUCAUUUGAAUUUGUACAUUUAAAAUAUAUAUGUAUGUAACGAUUUAAA